AUGCCGCUGCUGCAAGUCAUCAGCAUGUCUGGUGAUGAAGUGUCGCGCUUCAGCGUCGAGGAACUCCAGCAUCUGGCCGAGGAGAACGGCGGCAGUGAGAUCAAGGGAGUGAAGCGGCAUUUGGCGGCGGUGGUGGGGCAGCCGCGCUUCCGCUUGAGGCUGCUUUGCGGAAGCAGUCUUGUGGGAGACGACGCGGUAUUGGAGUUGCCAGAGAUGUUGCAUCUGGUCAUCACGCACUUCCGCGGGGAGGAGUUGGCAGAGAGCCGGCGUGUGGCGGAGCUUCAGAAGGCCUGCAGCACCGACAACGCCAAGCUGGUCGAGUCAAUCCUCUCGCGGCCGCAAGAUCCCGACCUGGCCGACGCUCGGGGACUGACUGCUUUGCAUGUGGCUGCCUCUGAGGGGGCGCUGCAGAGUGUGGUGCUGUUGCUUGAGGCGGGUGCAAACCUCGAAAAGAUCAUGGGCAACGGUGCCACGGCUUUGCAUAUGGCGGCCCAGCGGGGUCACCUGGAAGUGAUGCGCCAGCUCUUAGAUUCUGGAGCCGACAAGGACGCCUGUGAUGUAGAUGGUGGGACCGCGCUGUUCAAAGCAUCACGCGGCGGUCACCUGGAGGUGGUCCGCUUGCUUCUGUCUUCCAAGGCCGACCCGCACAAGCGCCCUUCCGAUGCAUCAAGCUUCUUCCACCGGACCUACCUACUGCACGGAGGCAUCGAGGGCAGCAAUACGGCUGCGAUUCGAUUUCCUGGGGACUUGCCAGCACGCGACGCAGUUGACGUGACCCAUUUUGCAUCCCAUAUCGCCUCCGUCAUCUGCAGGAACAAGCGUACCGACUGGGCGCUAGACAUCUAA